GCAAACACCGCUGCGCUGAUUGUUGCCAAUGGACAAAAAGCUUCUUUGGUAGUAACCAAUGAUACAGGCCUGGCCAGAGUACAACUCAACUGCACCGAUCUAGCACGCUGGAAAGCACCAAAUUCACUGAUUAAUAUCCAAAAUGUCUCCUGUCUUUUACGAGGGACAUGCGUAGUGGAGUGGGCAGAGUGGGGACAGUGGUCAGCUUGUACGGAUACUUGUGGCGCAUUCGGAAGUCGGCAACGUUUUCGCGGCUGCAGACGAAAUCGUGAAGACUGUCUCUGCCCUGGGGAUGCGAUCGAAAAAGAAUUUUGCAAUCUGGAUCCAUGUCUGUAUCCACGAACGGCGUGUCGCGAACAAUAUGUAGUUUCUGCAAUGAACCAAAGAUUCGCUUGCAUUCCAGAUCGACGAAUAAUACGAACAACCUGA